AUGUCGCUGACUGGUGAAGAGGAGCUGAGUGCUGUUGGCAUGGUUGGUCGAGGGCCAGGUCACGCUGCCAGCUGGACAGAUAAGAAGCACCAGUGCCAGCAGCGGUCCAAAGAGCAGGCCCCUCGCUUUAAGGGUUACCAGCAACAGGACAGUCAGGAAUUGCUGCACUACCUCCUGGACUCUAUGAGAGUGGAGGAGACAAAGCGCAUUAAAGCAGGAAUCCUCAAAGCCUUUAACAACCCCACGGAGAAGACCGCUGAUGAGGAGACCAAACGACAAGUGAAGGCUUAUGGAAAGGACGGAGUGAAAAUGAAUUUUGUAGAUCGGAUAUUCGUCGGAGAGCUAACCAGCACCAUAAUGUGUGAAGAGUGUGAACAUAUUUCCACAGUAAAGGAAGCCUUCAUUGACAUUUCCCUUCCCAUCAUAGAGGAAAGGAUCUCUAAACCCACAAACGCUGGUAGACUGGGGAAAAGUGGGCGGGAGCAAGACGGUCUGGUCUCUCACGAUGACUCGUCAGCUGCCCAUUCACAAGCCAAUCGAAACAGCAGGAGGUUGAGCGGACAGAAGCUACAGGGUCGCCAUUCCUCCACUUCUCACGAUGAGAGAGGCGCAGACUCGGUUUCUAGCCGACAAGAUGAGGAGCUCUGUGUGGCGGGUCGUGGCCUGGCAAGUUACCGGGCGGAUACGAUGGGCAGCCAAUCAGACUGCAGUGAGAAAGACUCCAACCUUCAGGACAGCAGUAAUGAUGCAGACAGCGAGGCCUCUGAGAGCGAAUGGUCUCCUCGAAUCCCAUCUGUAUCCGGUCAUAGUAGCACGUCAGAUAAAGUCUUAACCACCACGACUGCAACCACAACGGCACACAAUCCAAGUCUAAAACCUAACCUGAGCCCAAGCCACACUCCCUUAGCCCCAAUUAGACCUCAGCAGGGCGGCGCUGUAGAGCAGCUUGUCAGCGCUGUGUCCAAGCUGGGCCUAGUGCACACUUCCACCGACACUUUACCUGUCAGCAACAGCCCAGAGGAACCAACUGAAAUUCGGGAGAGAGACCGUCAACACCACCAAGGGGCCUUCCAAGCCCUCUGUCACAGCUACACCCCCAGCUCUAAAGAGUGCUCGGUACAGUCCUGUCUGCACCAGUUCACCUCUGUUGAGCUGCUCAUGGGCAACAACAAACUGCUUUGUGAAAACUGCACUGAAUGGAGGCAGAGGCAGAUGAAGAGGAGUGAUAAGAAGGCUGAGAAAGUGUACACCAGUGCCCGUAAACAGAUGCUCAUCUCUGCACUUCCACCGGUGGUCACUCUUCACCUCAAACGCUUUCACCAGGCUGGGAUGAAUCUGAGGAAAGUUAAUAGACAUGUGGAUUUUCCUCUUAUGCUGGACCUGGCUCCUUUCUGCGCUGCCAAUUGUAAGAACCUCGGGUCAGGAGAGCGUGUGCUUUACAGCUUGUAUGGCAUUGUGGAGCACAGCGGAUCGAUGCGAGGUGGGCACUACGCAGCCUAUGUGAAGGUCCGCACUCCUCAACGUAAACCUGAGCAGCGCAGGAACCAGUCAGGUUCCAGAGAGGCCAGUUCAGCCCCACAAGGCCAGUGGGUGUACGUUAGCGACACCAGCGUACAGACUGUACCGGAGUCCAGAGUGCUGAACUCUCAAGCUUAUUUACUUUUCUACGAAGAACAGCUAUAGAGCCGUGCGGCCGCGUGAAUCCGACACGAUCCAGAUGAAUGCAACAGGCAAUAUCAACUCAGACAACCGCGAGCACUUACUGCAUGCCUAUAUCCUUGUAUUUUAAUGUAGGAUUCUAUAUACUAAAAUCUUGGACUUUUGACUCAUUCAUUACUCAAAGUGAUUUGAAUUCAAUUUGGGAGCCAUUAUUGUUGAUGUAAAUUAAUAUUCUGAAAUUUAAGUUAUUUAUAUUUUACAGCUAAUAUUUGAGCUUAACAUUUUGUGUGUGAGUGAGUGAGUGAGUGUGUGUGUGUUCGUUUUGCUGGAGAAAUUGCCAAAGAGAAAUUUAGGGUAAAAAUAUGUAUAGAAUAUAUUAUAUGAGAGGGAGAAUUGUGCCAACCGAGUCUAUAACCUUUGUUGUGAAAGGGAAACUCAGCACAAUAUGCAGCUGUUGCUUUCAAAGUCGUUUAAACUGCACUGGAUCACACAAGCUAUUCACUGCACAAACGUGUCAUGAUUUGUUAGGAGACAUUCAUUCACAAGUCUGAUUGACCACAAUAUAAUAAAAUGUAAUUUGUUGAUUUUCA